UGAUCAGGACGAGCUCUGCGCUUGAAAAGUCAGUACGGGUCGUGUUUACGUGCCGGUAAACUGUUUUUCGCGUCUAACAGUUGAUAAAAAUAUAAGCACGCGUCUCGCGUCUUUCAAAUGCAUCUCGAGAACUCGUUGAGAAGAUUUUCGCGGUUGACACAAUGGAAGUAGACCCUAUCUUGUCCGACGACGAUAUACAGAUCCUGGAAGUCAGAGAUGUCAACGCAUCCACUUCCCAGCAGUCACCGGAACCUGAGGUCAAACGACAGGUUGCGCCCAAAAGUAAUCCUGUCGAGCAGAACAUUGUGAAGCAACUGAAUUACGUGAACGACUUGCUGACUCAGACGAGAAACAAUAUCAAAAUCAUCGAGGACGUUACCGACAGUAUCUUGAAUAACAUAUCGGUCAAGACUUCGUAUCAAGAAGGCAGUAGUAGUUCAGAGUCGGACAGUGACUGCUACUCCAGCACCGGGGAACCAGUGAUAAAGAAAAGGAAGAACCAAUUGCACGAGAAGCAGCAGGUGAUAAAAGUAAACAAAGUUUGGCAGCUGGUCGUAGAUGACAAGUGGAUUAUUGGAGUGGUACUGCAGAACGCAACCACCUGCAAGCUCCAAGAGCCGACGAUCUACAUCUGCCAUAACAACGAGGAGGACAGCAACGGCGUGUUCGUCUUCUGGACGCUGCUCGACGACAAGAUCUGGAUCCCGACGGACGAGAUCGGCCCCCAGGAGGAGGUAAUCGCCACGGUGGUUCUGGACCUGCCGAGUUUCGACGAGAAACCGGUUGUCCAGGCCCACGGCACCGUCUUCUGCCAGUUCGACGACAAGCUCUUCCAGACGGCGCUGCCCGAUCUAGAACUCGGCGUGGAGAACACCGUCGACGGCAGCUGUGACAUCGAUCUCGAGGACGAGAACAGGGCACAGGCCAGCGUGCUGGCGCUCAAGGCCAUUUCGGUGGACAGGGUCGUGUUGCUGCCGAUGCAGGUGAACGCCGGAACGAGAAAACGGCUGACCAAGUUUUUGGACGCCUACUCGUUCACCGAGGUCUGCAAGGUCUGCGUGACGAGGAACGUCGGUGCGCUGCAGUACUGCCUGCUCGAAGUUCUGCCGAUCGAGGACGCCGACAUCAGGGUCUUGUUGUCCGCGAGGUCCGAGGCCCAGCUGUCGGCGAUCGUGCAGUUGAUGCACGAGUACUUACCCGAGCUACUCGACGUGGAGAAACAACAAGCCGUGGACGAGGCGGCGGAUGCACUGCAGCGAGAGCUGCAGCUUUAUCUCACCUGCAACAGUACCGCCGAGUUGCAGAGGGCUAAGAUCAGAUCGGAUUUGCUUAUUCCCUGAUGUUCGAUACUCCGUGCAGUUGAAUGAUAUUUGCAUAUAUUUAUUUAAUAUUUUAAUCAAACGAAAAAAACUUCGUUACGCUUUGAAUCCCCGUGAGGGAUGGUGCUCAAGUAUCAAGUAAUUACUAGCAAGCGAGUUUUUGAUAAAACGUUGAUAACGAACGAAUAUGAGAGCAAGACUGAGUUUAUAAUGAAAGAAAGAACUAAGGAUCGUUGUUACAUUCGUAAAAACAAUGACAGAUCAGUGCGCGUAUAUUGGUUUAUAAGAAAGGAACAAAAUGAUAUUAAUAUUAUUAAUUGGAGUUUAUUAGGAUGGAAGUUUUAAAUAAAGAAUAUAGCAAAGGUU